UAUGGGUUAUCGCUACUGCGCAGUGCAUCGUCUCGGCGAACUUUUGUACCCAGGAAGAAGUACACCAAUUGGAAAUAUUUGUCAUCAAGCGAACAUAAAGGCAUUUGAGCUUUUUGCAAGAAUGGAAAUGAAGAUUAGUGAGAUAUUGCCAUGACAAACGUAAUAAACUACUUGCGGAAAUAAACUUGUUAAAAUGAGAUGAUUUUAUAAUUACCAUAGCACUGUUUAUUUGUGAAACUUGUCUGUUAUUUGAUAUGGCUUCCGCUUCAUAUAGCGCUAAACUGUCCGAAUCCAAAUACACCAAUUGGGUUAAGGCUGGAUUAACUGUUCUUUUUACUAAAGAGGGUAUUGAACCUUUCGUUGAUGAUGAAAUAAAAGAGUUCCAGCAAAAAUGUUUGACUGACAUUUGCAACAAUAACGGACUACCUGUUGGUUCCACAUGUUUCAGCUGCUGUACAGAAAACGUUGUUGUUUGUCCAACACACAGAAUCUGUAACUCAGGACGCGGAAGAUGUCGUUUUCAUAGAAAUACUGCAACACAGUAUCUCCCUAAUGGUUGCCCGAAUAAGAUAUGUCAUAGCUUCAAAAACGAAAUCCAACAUGCUCACCGAUUCUUCGGACCGUCUUACAAAAACACUGAUGCUACUCAGUGGUGCAGCAAUUCUUGGGAAGUGGCUAAAUGUUUCAUGCCACCAGAUGGGUACAAGGAUGCGACAAGUGCUGCAGGAACAGACUUUAAUGGCAUCAACAGUGUAAUCAUCAACUGCAAACGCUUUCAGUCAAAGAUCAAUGAUAACCUUGGUAUCAAAAACAACAUUUUUGAGAAGGGUAGAGAUAUCGGCAGAGCUGUUCGACAUUCCCAAACUUUGGAAGUGGAAGAUACAGACUUAAACCAGUACUUCACUGACUUACAGACUUUACUUUCUGAUCCUGGAUAUUUGACUGCUGAUGCAGCUGCAAAUAAUGCUAGAAAGAAAUUAAAAGAGCUUCAGAAUGAUACGCUUGUCAUCGAUAAAGAAGAUAUUAAAAAAGUGUUAGAUGAUGUUGCAAAGGCUGUGCAGUACAGAAUAAAAUCCGAAAGUGAAAAACAGCAGAAAAACCAUGAGAAGCAAAAAUUGGAACUGAUAAAGGAGAUAAAGAAAUCUUUGCUUGCUAUAAGAAGGCACAAAAGCAUUUCAAUGUCUCUUCUGAAAAGAGUUGUUUCGUCUGCUUUAAGCAAAAUUGAAGAAUCAACCAAAGAGUCCCUAGAAAAGAUUCAUGCACAGACUCAAAGGGGUAAGAAAAGAGUAUUACUAGAAACAGAAAAAAGUGUGAAGACUAUUGAAGAAGAAACAGAAAGAGGAAAAAGGAAAGUGAUAAAAACAACUGAUGAAGGAGUGGCGACCAUAGCUAAAGCGACCGAUGGCGCUUUAGAGAAGAUAACAAAAAGAAAGACCGCACAUUCUGCACAGAAAGAUGCAGAUAAAUACAACAAACUACAGCAAGAUUUACAGGCUGAUCUCGUAACAUACUACAGGGAAAAAUGUAAAACAAUUCCUGUCUCACCUGCGCUUGAAGAAAGCGAAGUCCCCUUAUCCUUGUCGACCAGAUGAAAAAGUUUGAGUUUCUUUUUGUCGUUUUUCU